CCUCGAGACUACCAUCUUUUUUGCAAGGAUCACGCCUCCUUUCAAUCAAUGCAGCUAGCCACAAGAAUGCAAUGUGUUCUUCUGGUGGGUGGGGCUAACUGCCUGCAAAUUUCUUAAAUUUGUGCAAAACUCAAACAAAAUGGCGGAGGAGCUACAUGUACUCUCGUGACUGCAAACUGGUUCCUUUUGGUGGUUUUCAUGGCUUUUAUAGCCCCAGGAUCAGAUGAAAGACUAACCUCAUUUAUAAGUAUAUGGGGUCACAUACUGUUAUGGUCUGUCAUGUCUUCAUCUCUCGUGUAUCUUGUAAUGGGUAGCUUGUGGGUCACCCUCUUAAAAGUUGGUCAUAAGAAGUGGCAUUUUAAAUUUGGGGCUGGCGUACUAUUUGUGCUAUCGGCUCUCUGGAAAAUGAUAUCAAAAGAUGCCAUUUUAAGUUUAGCUGUAGCUGGUAUUUAUUCUGCUAUUGAUGUACCAUUGGCUGGUGAAUGGGCACUUUUGUGGGGUGUGGGACUAAGUCUUAUCACUAUAGCAAUCAAUGUCUUCAUUGCCUGCUGUCCUAUUUAUUCUGUACUUUAAAUCCUCUUCCUCUUGUUUUCAUUUUAUUGUUUAUAAUUUUUUGCAGCCUCAUCAUGCAUUAAAAAUGCAUUUUUAAUUUUUGUAUGUGAAAUAAUUGUUUCGUUAUUUCACUACACCAUUUAAUUUUUAAUAUUAUUU